AAAAAGUAGGAAAACCCUUUUGACGAAUUUUGAUUCGGCUAUUCCUAUAUUCUAAUGAAAAGCUGUGCGGUGUAAAAGAGUAUCUGGUGCUUUGGGUUGUUGCAGAUAGUGGAUGCUGGACGUUAUCGGAAAUAAUGGGAAUCGUAUUUUAUAGACACGAGACCCACCAAACACGCUUGCGCAUACAAUUGGGGUUAGGCAGCAGGUGGAAGGAAGUUGGGAUUAAUGGCUAGUACAAAUGAAGGCCCAGUUCUUGAAGCCAUCACUACAAAAAAGGCUACUGAGGAGGGCUUGGUGGAUAAGGAGGAAGGUGAGAAAUCCGAGGGCACUGAAAUAGAAAUGGCGCCGAUAGCCGCUAACUCAAUUCACAGAUCAAGCUCCCGGCCUCAGCUCGAUCUCAGUGGUGCUGCAAUUCAGGGGAAUUUUGAGGAGAGGGAUCCAACAAUUUUGUUGCCUAACCAGUCUGAUGACAUAUCUCAUUUGGCUCUGGACAUCGGAGGAUCUCUGAUCAAGUUGGUAUAUUUCUCAAGACAUGAGGAUUGUUUAGUUGAUGAUAAGAGGAAGAGGUCUUUGAAGGAGAGAUUAGGGGUUACAAAUGGUAAUAGAAGGUAUCCUAUUCUUGGUGGAAGACUGCAUUUCGUGAAGUUUGAGACAGCUAAGAUUAAUGAAUGCUUGGACUUUAUUUCUUCGAAGCAGCUGACUGGUGGAUUGGAUUCACACAGUUGGCAUUCCACGGUUCCAUCCAAUGAUAAUGCAAUAAUUAAGGCCACAGGUGGUGGAGCAUACAAAUUUGCAGACCUUUUCAAAGAGAGGAUUGGAGUCGGUCUUGACAAGGAAGAUGAAAUGGAUUGUCUUGUGGCUGGAGCGAAUUUUUUGCUUAAGGCAAUCCGGCAUGAGGCUUUCACACACAUGGAGGGUCGGAAAGAAUUUGUGCAGAUUGACCACAAUGAAUUGUUCCCUUAUCUCCUUGUUAAUGUUGGAUCUGGUGUUAGCAUGAUCAAGGUGGAUGGAGAGGGGAAGUUUCAGCGAGUUAGCGGAACAAACGUUGGUGGUGGUACUUAUUGGGGUUUGGGAAGACUUUUGACAAAGUGCAAGAGCUUUGACGAGUUGUUGGAGUUGAGUCAGCGAGGGGAUAAUAGGAAAAUAGACAUGCUUGUUGGAGACAUCUAUGGUGGUAUGGAUUAUUCCAAGAUUGGUUUGUCUGCAUCAACCAUUGCUUCUAGCUUUGGGAAGGCUAUGUACGAAGACAAGGAGCUUGAAGACUACAGACCUGAGGAUAUCUCCUUGUCACUCCUACGAAUGAUUUCAUAUAAUAUCGGACAGAUCUCAUACUUGAAUGCACUUCGAUUUGGGAUCAAGCGUAUCUUUUUUGGAGGAUUUUUUAUACGAGGUCAUGCAUACACUAUGGAUACUAUUUCCUUCGCUGUACAUUUCUGGUCAAAAGGUGCGGCACAGGCAAUGUUUUUGCGGCAUGAGGGUUUUCUGGGAGCAUUAGGCGCUUUCAUGAGCUAUGAAAAGCAUGGUCUUGAUGAUUUGAUGGCCCAUCAUUUGGUGGAACGGUUCCCAAUGGGUGCGCCCUAUGUAGGAGGAAAGAUUCAUGGUCCACCACUUGGAGACUUGAAUGAGAAGAUUUCUUGGAUGGAGAAGUUUGUGCAGAAGGGCACUGAGAUUAUUGCCCCUGUACCAAUGGCUCAACCAGGAACCACUGGCCUUGGUGGUUUUGAAGUACCUUCUUCCAAAGGAGGUACUCUGCGUUCUGAUGCAAGUGCUGCUUUAAACGUUGGUGUCCUUCAUUUGGUACCUACAUUGGAGGUGUUUCCAUUACUGGCAGAUCUGAAAACGUAUGAGCCUAACACCAUUGACCUAUCCACUCAUGGUGAGCUUGAGUAUUGGUUCACUGUGUUGUCCGAGCAUUUGCCAGACCUUGUGGAUAAGGCAGUUGCUAGUGAAGGUGGAACAGAUGAUGCUAAAAGAAGAGGGGAUGCAUUUGCUCGUGCAUUCUCUGCCCACUUGCGGAGGUUAGUUCCAUUUAAGACUGAUUUCCCUCUUCCACCUGAGUUACUUUCAGAGAUUAAAAUCUCUCUCAGUUUCUGCUCAUUGGAUUUGGAGUUGCUAGGGCUUGCAUUCACUGAGGAAACAAGAUUGCUUGCCCUUAUUGAAGGUGUUCUUGCGGCAAAUAUCUUUGAUUGGGGUUCCCGUGCUUGUGUGGAUCUCUAUCAUAAAGGAACUAUUAUUGAAAUAUAUCGUAUGAGUCGCAAAAAGAUGCAACGACCUUGGCGGGUAGAUGAUUUUGAUAUCUUCAAGGAAAGAAUACUUGGUUCUGGAGACAAAAAUCCGCCACCACAUAGAAGAGCAUUGCUUUUUGUAGACAACUCUGGUGCUGAUGUUGUUCUUGGGAUGCUUCCACUGGCACGGGAACUUCUCCGCCGUGGAACUGAGGUUGUUCUGGUUGCAAACUCACUCCCAGCACUAAAUGAUGUGACUGCAAUGGAACUUCCUGAUAUUGUAGCGGAGGCUGCCAAGCAUUGUGAUGUCCUCCGCAAGGCUGCUGAAGCAGGUGGCCUGCUUGUGGAUGCAAUGAUAAACGUCCAAGAUGGUUCAAAAGAGAAUUCAUCAAUUCCUUUGAUGGUUGUCGAGAAUGGGUGUGGUAGUCCAUGCAUCGAUUUACGGCAGGUCAGCUCAGAGCUAGCUGCUGCUGCAAAAGAUGCAGACCUGAUAAUCUUGGAAGGGAUGGGUCGUGCUCUCCAUACAAAUUUCAAUGCUCAUUUUAAAUGUGAUGCUCUGAAGCUUGCAAUGGUGAAGAAUCAGAGGUUGGCAGAAAAACUGAUCAAAGGAAACAUAUAUGAUUGUGUCUGCCGAUAUGAACCAGCCUGUUGAGAGCUUGCAUCAUCAGAGUUCAAACAUGUGCCCCAAUGUUUGUAUUUUCUCAACUGAGACAGAUGGUAAGGGGGAAUUAUCAAUUGAAUAGAUCACCUUGCUCAUUGAUGUUGAACUUUCCUUCUAGAUGAAAAAAAAAAUUGGCUUGGAACUUGUGCACUUCGACAAAUUUAGUAGCUGGCUUUGAACCAAUUUCUCUGAUCAUACCGUUUAAAAUUGAGGAAAUUUCAGUUUUAAUUACUGUAAAACGUGGACACUGGCUUACUAUGAUGCUCUAUGUAUACUUGUCUUCUAGUUCCUUUGUUGUAGUAUGUCAAAUUACAGAUGUAAUUUAGUUGUUUUUGGUUGUCUUUGAUCUCUGUUGAUUGCACUUGGAGUCCUUCUAAUAGUGGCUGCCAUUUUUUGUAUUUUUCUUUUCUUUUCCUUAAUACGAUACAUUUACCUAUGAAAAAAUAUAAAUGAGGACGUUUGGGAAGGUGUAUGUA